AGUUCCAAACACGCCUUCGCUCGCGCAAGAAGCAUUCGUCGCAUUCUCGUUUACGUGCGGUCGGUCGGUCGUUCGUCGUUCCGUUUCAAUCCGUCAGUCUGGCAUUUUUGUCCUGCGAAAUACGAUAUACGCCGCAGCAGCAGUGGGAAAAGGAGGAAAGCAAUCAGAAAAAUCGGAUCUUCUUUCACUCCACCGUCGAAAAACGCUUGUGUCGUCGGUUCUGCGGUGCUUGCUAGUGCUCAUUCAGUUCCAUUUUAAACCGUGGCUCAGUCGCUUGUUCAUCAAUCCGCGAGAUCGAAUUAUUUGGAAGUGCUACUACUUACCUACUGGCUUUGAUCAUCGUGCAGAGGAGGAGUUUUCGAGGAAAUUGAUCGCAUUCGGUGUCGCUGGUCCCCAUUUGGAUACGCGGUGUAUUAAUUUCCCUGUUGUAUAUUUUAAUGUGAUUCGUCGCCGCGUUCCACAGGAAUUGUGGUGGAUGGGAGCAAACUUGAAGUGUGCAGAAGACUCCGAAGCCCUUACAAGAAGUCGAAUGGUCGGGCAGCAACAGUGUUUGCAGUUAGUGUGAUAGAAGAGUUCCAGCUUGGUCGCCCAACAAGUGUGAAGUGGUGCAAGAGAUUCGGAUGGUUUGGGUUCGAUGUACAGGAGUGUUCGUUCGUGUACCGAUAAGUGAUAAAACAGUCUACGGAUUUCGGUAAACGUUGAGAGGAGAGUGAGUUUCGAAGGAGGAAAGUGUCAAUCAGCUUCCGUGCUAUAUGGAAUGGGAUUGCUCUUCACUCUGAUAUGUGAAUACGCACCGUUCUGAAAAGUCACAUUUGAGAUCACGCUACUGAUAGUGCAGAAUGUGUUGAAGAAGAAAUAGAUAAGUGUACGCAGCGAAUGCUAAUUUGCUUGUUCGGGAAACCGACGAAGAAAGAAGCGGAAAUCCUGCGACGCGAUCGUCCCGAGUGAAUCUCGCGGUCCCGGAAGAGGCAACAGUCGGUGCGUGGUGAAUCCCAGUCCGCAGUCAGUGGCCCAUCAUCAGUUAUCAUCAUUCAGCGUGUGUCGUCAUUAUCAUAUAGCCAUCCAAAGUAAUAAUAGCAAAAGUGUUUGUGAUAGAGUGUAGUUUUCGUUCAUCGUUGGAAGCAAUCCUCGUUUAUACACCGAAAUACCUGCCUUCUCAUCUUCCCCCCUCUGUUUCUGGAUCUGGUGUGUUGGUGGAUUAAUUCAAUCGGAAAUACAAUCGAGGGACUCUCAAUGGAAGAGUGGUGCUGGAGAACGGGAAUUCAUUUAGGAUACUAAUUAAAAUAUCCUCGACACUCGGGCCGAGGUCGACCGGACCAGAUUUCCACCCAGUAGCUGCUAUUCUGCCAUGCCGGGUAGCCGUUCCAGUAAUAACGACACCGAGCACAAUAAGUCCCCUAGAGAGAGCGGUGAGGAUUCGGAGGAUGAAAGUGAAAUUCUAGAGGAAAGCCCGUGCGGAAGAUGGCUCAAGCGGAAGGAAGAGGUCGAACAACGCGAUGUUCCUGGCAUCGACUGUGCACAUCUGGCGAUGGACACCGAGGAAGGUGUCGAAGUUGUCUGGAACGAAGUACAGUUUUCCGAGAGGAAGAAUUUCAAAUCUCAAGAAGAAAAAAUACAACAAGUAUUCGAAAACCUAACACAGUUAGAGCAUCCAAAUAUAGUCAAAUUUCAUCGUUACUGGACCGAUACCCAUAACGAUAAGCCUAGGGUAAUAUUUAUAACGGAAUAUAUGUCCUCUGGGUCCCUUAAGCAGUUUCUCAAGCGUACCAAGAAAAACGUUAAGAAACUACCACUGCAAGCAUGGAAGCGGUGGUGUACUCAAAUUUUAUCUGCACUUAGUUAUUUGCAUUCCUGUUCGCCGCCAGUAAUUCACGGCAACUUAACCUGUGAUACAAUAUUUAUUCAACAUAAUGGUCUAGUUAAAAUUGGUAGUGUAGCUCCAGAUGCCAUUCAUCAUCAUGUAAAAACAUGUAGAGAAAAUAUGAAAAAUAUGCAUUUUUUAGCACCAGAGUAUGGAUCACUCGCAACGACGACCGCCAUCGAUAUCUUCUCGUUUGGCAUCUGUGCGCUGGAGAUGGCAGCACUGGAAAUCCAAGGGAACGGAGAUUCGGGUACGCUAGUCACGGAAGAGCAAAUCAAACGCACUGUCGAGAGUCUUGAGGAUGCCCAGCAGAAAGACUUCAUCAUCAAGUGCCUCAGUCAUGACCCUGCCAAAAGGCCUACCGCUAGAGAAUUACUAUUUCACCCGCUGCUGUUCGAGGUGCACCCGCUCAAACUGCUCGCCGCGCACUGUCUGGUGAAUACCUCAUCAAACUACGACGAGAUGCUGCAAAAGCUGAACAAACCGGACAUGGUAUAUGGCGAAGUGCGGCAGACCGAGUUCCACCUGGGCGAUAUCCCCGGCACGGAAAAGCUGGAGAAGUUCGUAGAGGAUGUAAAGUAUGGCAUUUAUCCGCUGACUGCCUUUUCGGCACAAAAACCACCCGCUUCCCGACCACGAGCAAUAUCGCCCGAGACUGCAGAAUCGGUGAAAUCCGAAACGCCAGAGCCGCUAGAUAUUGAAACUAGGAGAGUUGUGAAUAUGAUAUGUAGUGUUAAGCCCGGAGAGGAUAAUUGUGUAUUAUUUAUGACAAUACUAUUAAGGAUGGAGGAUAAGAUGAACCGACAGUUAACAUGUCCCAUCUCGCCGGACGAUUCAGCCGUCGCGCUUUCGCAUGAACUAGUACAUUUAGGAUUUAUUCAUGAAACGGAUCGUGAAAAACUAGCUACAAUGAUAGAGGAUACGCUUAGGAGUAAACAGCAACAGUUGCUAGGUGCGGCCGCGAAAAUGCAAUCGUCCGGAGAACGAAUAGUGGUCACCGAUGGCAGUAGUGGUGGCGCGACCGGCUCCUCGGAUCCGCCAUCGUCCUUCGGUUCGUCGGUGACGGGUUCGUCCUCCACCAGCAAUCAUCUACACCAUCAUGUUCCUGUAAAUUCGGCCAGUUAGUAGUCCUUCCAUUUCUCUACCUCUCACUCUGUCUGUCUCGCUCACACUCGUUCGUUCGUUCGUUCGCAACUAUUGUACUCUGGUUGUCGUGUUGUGAUCGUCCAUCCCUUCAUACAUACACCCAUAUUAGCGUCGUCAUGUGGUACCACCCCUCACACCCAAUUAGUAGAGUUGUAUCUGAGUGUUUUGUUUUAAGUUUGUUUUUGGUGCCUGCUCCUGUUAUGAUUUUUUCAGUUGUAUUCUAAUAUGUCCCGCCUUACUCCAACCCCGCACCAGUCUGCUAAAAGCACCACAUCCAAGUAGCCAUGCAUCAACGCCAAGCAGCGCCAUCAACAACAACAACAAGAGUUGCUGCAAUAAUCCAAGUAGGCGUGGCCACGUGGCGACCGAUAGCGUAACUGACACAGACACAUGCAUCGGCAAUAAGAAUCCAGUGAUUGUGAACAAACGAAACACUGAACCAAAAUGUAAUGCAAAAAUAUGAUGUAUGUUGAUCAUAUAACUUCCUGCGUGCGAAUCAACUGCGCUGAUUGAUUCGUUGUUGUUCUUGGUACUGCUGAUGCAUCGAUCCCCACUCACACAUAUCUACUCCUACUGUUAGCUAUGAUUUUUAUUUAGUAUACGGUGAAUAAUUAUUUAUUUAGCUAUCUAAACCCAACCAGCACCCAGUGUAGUUUUGUGAAAAUAUAGAGGAAAAGUAUAUUUUUUGCGCAAAAAACAAGCUACGAUACCAUUUGAAGAUACACGAACGCAAAUGAAAUGUGAACUGAGCACUACUGGACAAACCGAAUAACUGAAUUGAUGUAUUGAAAUUAUCAGUAUCCAGUAACAACUCUUACGAAACCAGCAAGGAAACUAAAGAGAAGAUGAGUGGCAAUUAUGCAAAUGCAUGGAAGAAAUAUACACAAAUAUAUUUAUGUACUUUUUUAAA